AGAAGAAUACGAUACGCUAUAAGAUCUAAAUGGUUGCUUUAACCUUGAACUCGAUGAGAAGCACUUGAGUCAAUAGAGUGUAAGAAAUAAGUUCAAUUAAACAUUGACCCGAUUUUACUCCGCCUACCUAAUCAUGUUGAUAUGUCAGAUGAUAAAUAAAUGAGAAAAAGAAAUCGUUUGAACAAAAGAUGAUCGUAUCUCAUGUUUCAUUCUACCAGACAGACACAAACAUUCAUAUCUAGUCGUAUAAACGAAAUGCACGUGCCAAAUAGAGCCUUCCAUUUAUUCAUUUUCUAAUCCGAGAUAGAAAGAGAAAGUCAAUCUGCUAAAUGGGAUUCCUUCGUUUAUUUUAGAAUCAUUGUUUACUCAGCGAUGGUAGUCUUACAAAUGAUAUAAAUUGCAAUAGUCCUUAUUCGAAAUUGCAACAAUCGAUUAAAACGACGGGCAACAGUGAUACAGGUUCAUCGUACAAUGAUUCUUGUUAUGGAUCAUCAGAAAUGGAUGUAUGUCAUCAUCAUCAUCAUCAUCAGUCAACAGGAAAUAAAUUAGUCAAACAAGACGCAUCUCUCACACCGCCAACAGCGGAAACGACGGGCAAAAUUCUCUUGUCAUCUAAUGAAAAUUAUAUCAUUCUAUGUAAAGAUAGUUGCAC